GGUGCUGGCCUUUGAGAUCUUCAUCCCCCUGGUGCUCUUCUUCAUCCUUCUGGGGCUGCGGCAGAAGAAGCCAACCAUCCCUGUGAAGGAAGUCUCUUUCUACACGGCGGCCCCGCUCACCUCGGCUGGGAUCCUGCCCAUCAUGCAGUCCCUGUGCCCCGACGGCCAGCGUGAUGAGUUCGGCUUCCUGCAGUAUUCCAACUCCACGGUGACGCAGCUCCUGGAGCACCUCAGUGAAGUGGUGGAGCAGAGCAGCCUCUUUGACCCGCAGCAUGCGGGGUUGGAGGAGGAGCUGGAGUCACUGCGCCGGCGCCUGGAGGCACUCAGCAGCAGCGAGCCCAGCUCCAUGGAAACACACUUCAGCAACCGAGCGGGACCUGGCUUCACGUUGGGGUGGGCGGCCAAGGACCAGGGCGAGCUGCACCGCUUCCUGACGCAGAACCUGUCCCUCCCCAACAGCACGGCUGAGCUGCUCCUGGGCUCCAGCAUUGACCUGCAAGAGGUGUACCGCCUGUUUUUUGGUUCCUUUCCUUUGGUACCCGAUGAGACCCAUGAGCGAGACCUGUGGGAUGGGUUUGGCCCCGGUGAGAUGACGCAGCUGGAGAAGAGCCUCCCCAGUGGCUGGAGGAACCUGCAGGAAGGGCUGGUCCACAGGGCACUGCAGGACCCGGCAGCAGCCCCACACCGGCCGGCGCUGCUCCGCCUGCUCUCCCAGGCCCUGGGCCUCGCCAGUGCUGCCCUGGCACCCACCAGCUCUGACAGCCCCCAGGCCUUUGUCACUGAGAUGGAGGGUGUCCUCUUCACCGGGCCGGUGCUGGAGCAGCUGACGUGUCAGCAGAGCCCGGGGGGGCUGCACCACCUCCUGCACGUGGCCCCUGGGCAGCAGCCGCUGCUGCAGGCAUACCGGGCACUGGCCUGCAAUGGCAGCCGGGCUGCCCGCCGGGAGCGCUUCGCCCAGCUGGCCACCGAGCUUCAGGACCAGCUGGACACCCCCAAGAUCGUCAGAAGGCUGAAGCUGGAUGAGGUGAACAGCACGGCCACCCAGCACCGCCUCCGUACCCUCUUGGAGGACCUGGUGGAGAUGGAGAAAGUUCUCCGUGAUGUGGACAUCCUCUCAGCACUGGCCAAGCUGCUGCCCAGGGGAGCCUGUGCCAGCAAGGCCCCACUGCCCACUGCCAACAGCACCGGCUGGGCCAGUGCCAAUGCCACAGCUGGCAACGCCACAGUGGAGGAGGAGGCUGCUGGGGGGGACCCGGCUGGCGGUGACAACCCCCAGGGACAGUUCUCAGCAUUUGUGCAGCUCUGGGCCGGGCUGCAGCCCAUCCUCUGUGGCAACAACCGGACGAUCGAGCCUGAGGCGCUGAAGCAGGGCAACAUGAGCUCACUGGGCUUCACCAGCAAGGAGCAGCGAAACCUGGGCCUCCUCGUGCACCUGAUGACCAGCAACCCCAAAAUCCUGUAUGCACCAGUGGGCACCGAAGUGGACAAAGUCAUCCUGAAGGCCAACGAGACCUUUGCCUUUGUGGGCAAUGUCACCCACUAUGCCAAGGUGUGGCUGAACAUCUCCCCUGAGAUUCGUGCCUACCUGGAGGAGGGCAGGCUGCAGAGGCGCAUCCGCUGGCUCCAGCAGUUCACUGCUGACCUCCACAAGCACCCAGAAAUCCUGAAUGUUUCUGACAGCGAUGUUCUCCACAACUUCCUCAGUGGCAACUUCUCCCUGCCCAAUACCAGUGUCCUGCUCCAGCAGCUGGACACCAUCGACAAUGCUGCCUGUGGCUGGGUCCACUUCAUGGCCAAGGUCAGUGUGGACAUCUUCAAAGGCUUCCCAGAUGAGGAGAGCAUCGUCAACUACACGCUGAACCAAGCCUACCAGGACAACGUCACGGUUUUUGCCAGCGUCAUCUUCCAGACCAACAGGGACGGCUCACUGCCCCCCCACGUCAUGUACAAGAUCCGGCAGAACUCCAGCUUCACCGAGAAGACCAAUGAGAUUCGGCGAGCGUACUGGCGGCCCGGCCCCAACACUGGUGGCCGCUUCUACUUUCUCUAUGGCUUUGUCUGGAUCCAGGACAUGAUGGAGCGCGCCCUCAUCAACACAUUUGUUGGCCAUGACGUGGUGGAGCCCGGCAACUAUGUGCAGAUGUUCCCUUACCCGUGUUAUACCCGGGACGACUUCCUCUUCGUUAUUGAGCACAUGAUGCCCCUGUGCAUGGUGAUCUCCUGGGUCUACUCGGUGGCCAUGAUGAUCCAGCACAUUGUGACAGAGAAGGAGCAUCGCCUGAAAGAGGUGAUGAAGAUGAUGGGCUUGAACAAUGCGGUGCAUUGGGUGGCUUGGUUCAUCACUGGCUUUGUCCAGCUCUCCAUCUCGGUCACAGCGCUCACUGCCAUCCUGAAAUACGGCAAGGUCCUGAUGCACAGCGAUGUCCUCAUCAUCUGGCUCUUUCUUGCCAUCUACGCAGUGGCCACUAUCAUGUUCUGCUUCCUGGUGUCAGUGCUCUACUCCAAGGCUAAGCUGGCCUCUGCCUGUGGCGGUAUCAUCUAUUUCCUUAGCUACGUGCCCUACAUGUAUGUGGCCAUCCGGGAGGAGGUGGCACAUGACAAGAUCACAGCCUUUGAGAAGUGCAUUGCGUCUCUCAUGUCCACCACAGCCUUCGGGCUGGGCUCCAAGUACUUUGCACUGUACGAGGUGGCCGGUGUGGGCAUCCAGUGGCAUACCUUCAGCCAGUCACCUGUGGAAGGAGACGACUUCAACCUCCUGCUGUCCAUGAUGAUGCUGAUCGUGGAUGCUGUGGUGUAUGGUGUGCUAACAUGGUAUAUUGAAGCUGUGCAUCCAGGCAUGUUCGGCUUGCCACGGCCCUGGUACUUCCCCUUCCAGAAGUCCUACUGGCUGGGCAAUGGGCGAGUGGAGACCUGGGAGUGGACCUGGCCCUGGUCCCGCACCACUCGCCUCAGCAUCAUGGAGGAGGAUCAGGCCUGCGCCAUGGAGAGCCGGAGGCUGGAGGAGACACGGGGCAUCGAGGAGGAGCCCACCCACCUCCCCUUGGUCGUCUGCAUUGACAAGCUCACCAAGGUCUACAAGACAGACAAGAAACUGGCAUUGAACAAGCUGAGUCUCAACCUCUAUGAGAACCAGGUGGUGUCCUUCUUAGGGCACAAUGGUGCAGGCAAGACCACCACCAUGUCCAUCCUCACCGGCUUAUUCCCUCCAACCUCGGGCUCUGCUACCAUCUACGGCCACGAUAUCCGGACAGAGAUGGAUGAGAUCCGGAAGAACCUGGGCAUGUGUCCUCAGCACAAUGUGCUCUUCGACAGGCUGACGGUGGAGGAGCACCUCUGGUUCUACUCGCAGCUCAAGAGCAUGGCGGAGGAGGAGAUCCGCAAGGAGAUGGACAAGAUGAUUGAGGACCUGGAGCUCUCCAACAAACGCCACUCUCUGGUGCAGACCCUCUCAGGGGGCAUGAAGAGGAAGCUGUCAGUGGCCAUCGCAUUUGUGGGUGGGUCACGUGCUGUGAUACUGGAUGAGCCUACGGCUGGCGUGGACCCGUACGCACGCAGGGCCAUCUGGGACCUGAUCCUCAAGUACAAGCCAGGGAGGACCAUCCUGCUCUCCACGCACCACAUGGACGAGGCUGACCUACUGGGUGACCGCAUUGCCAUCAUCUCUCAUGGCAAGCUGAAGUGCUGCGGCUCUCCGCUUUUCCUCAAGAGCACCUACGGUGACGGCUACAAGCUGACGGUGGUGAAGAAGCAGUCAGACACCCGGAAUGGCACAGAGCUGGGCCAGCCACACAGCCCCUUGGCCCACUCCUCCAUCAGCCCCUGCUCCGAGCCCCGCGUCUCCCAGUUCAUCAAGAAAUACGUGGCCUCCUGUCUCCUCAUCUCGGACACCAACACUGAGCUCUCCUACAUCCUUCCCAGUGAAGCCGUCAAGAAAGGCUGCUUCGAGAGGCUCUUCCAGCACUUGGAGCAGAGCCUGGAGGAGCUGGACCUCACCAGUUUUGGGCUGAUGGACACUACACUGGAGGAAGUCUUCCUGAAGGUCUCUGAGGAGGACCAGUCUCUGGAGAACAGUGACGCGGACAUGAAGGAGUCCAAGAAGGAUGCCCUGCGGCCACCUGCCCCCGAGCUGGGCCUGAAGCCUGAGGUCAACGGGGAGCCCCUUGCUGAAGCAGCCGUGCUGGAGAAGCCUGAGGUGGAGCUCAGCAACCUGGUGACCUGCUCCAAGCUGGCACAGUCGCAGGCAUCCCUGCACUCAGCCUCCUCUGUGGGCUCCGUGCGGGGUGACGAAGGUGGGGCUUAUUCCGAAUUCUUUGGGGAUUACACACCCCUGUUCGAUAACCGGCAGGACCCCGAUAACAUCAGUCUGCAAGGUUCGUGCCGCCGGUGCCCGGCCAGCGGCAGGGGCCAAGGGAGGCGCUUGGCUGGGACGCGGAGGGCAGCUGGGGCAGUGGCAGCACCCAUCCCUGCACCCGGGCAGGAGCAAGAGGUGGAGGCAGAGGACUGUGACCUGGCCGGGCAGGGGAGCUUCAAGCUGGAGGGCUCGUGGCUGAAGCUGCGCCAGUUCCAUGGGCUGAUCGUCAAACGCUUCCACUGUGCCAAGCGCAACACUAAGGCCCUCUUCUCACAGAUCCUUCUGCCUGCCUUCUUUGUCUGCGUGGCCAUGACGGUGGCACUUUCUGUGCCUGAAAUAGGUGACCUGCCACCCCUCAUCCUCUCACCAUCGCAGUACCACAACUACACACAGCCCAAGGGCAACUUCAUUCCUUAUGCCAACGAGGAGCGGCGUGAGUACCGCAUCAGGCUGUCUCCUGACGCCAGCCCCCAGCAGCUGGUGAACACCUUCCACCUGCCCUCUGGUGUGGGGGCCACCUGUGUGCUCAAGACGGCCUUCAACAACACGUUGGACCAGCCCAUGCAGACCCUCAACCUCAACAGCAAUGAGUCGAAGAUGCUGGCAGCCAAGUACUUUGAUGCCAUGUGCAUCGACUCCUUCACCCAGGGCUUGCCACUCUCCAACUUUGUGCCGCCGCCUCCAUCCCCAGCUCCCUCUGACUACCCCAUCUCAGUGGAUGAGGACCUGCUCCGUGCCUGGAAUUCCACGAUCUUCUCCUCCACCAUGAAAGAGACCGUGACCUCGGCCCCUGCCCUGCCCCGCAUCGUCCAUGAACCCAUCAAAUGCACAUGCUCCAUGCAGGGGACUGGCUUCUCCUGCCCCAGUGGCGUGGGGGGCCACCCCCCGCAGAUGAAGGUGGUGACGGGGGACAUCCUGGCAGACAUCACAGGGCGCAAUGUCUCUGAGUAUCUGCUCUACACCUCAGACCGAUUCCGGCUGCACAGGUACGGGGCACUCACCUUUGGCAACAUCCAGAAAUCCAUCCCAGCCUCCUUUGGGGCCCGAGCCCCAGCCACGGUGCGCAAGAUUGCUGUCCGGAGAACAGCCCAGGUCUUCUACAACAACAAGGGCUACCACAGCAUGCCCACCUACCUCAACGCUCUCAACAAUGCCAUCUUGCGAGCUAACUUGCCCAAGAGCAAAGGCAACCCAGCUGCCUAUGGCAUCACAGUCACCAACCACCCUAUGAACAAGACGAGCGCCAGCCUGUCCCUGGAUUACCUCCUGCAAGGCACGGAUGUGGUGAUUGCCAUCUUCAUCAUCGUGGCCAUGUCCUUCGUGCCAGCCAGCUUUGUGGUGUUCCUGGUGGCCGAAAAGGCCACCAAGGCCAAACACCUGCAGUUUGUGAGUGGCUGCGACCCUGUCAUCUACUGGUUGGCCAACUAUGUGUGGGACAUGCUGAACUACCUGGUGCCAGCCACCUGCUGCAUCAUCAUCCUGUUUGUGUUUGACCUCCCGGCGUACACCUCUCCCACCAACUUCCCUGCUGUCCUCUCCCUCUUCCUGCUCUAUGGCUGGUCCAUCACUCCCAUCAUGUACCCUGCCUCCUUCUGGUUUGAGGUGCCCAGCUCUGCCUACGUCUUCCUCAUCGUCAUCAACCUCUUCAUUGGCAUCACGGCCACUGUUGCCACGUUCCUGCUGCAGCUCUUUGAGCAUGACAAGGAUCUGAAGGUGGUGAACAGCUACCUGAAGAGCUGCUUCCUUGUAUUCCCUAACUACAACCUGGGACAUGGCCUGAUGGAAAUGGCCUACAACGAGUACAUCAAUGAAUACUAUGCCAAGAUCGGGCAGUUUGAUAAAAUGAAAUCACCUUUUGAAUGGGACAUCGUGACACGAGGGCUCGUUGCCAUGACAAUUGAAGGCUUUGUCGGCUUCUUCAUCACCAUCAUGUGCCAGUACAACUUCUUCCGUAAGCCCCAGCGACUGCCCGUCUCCACCAAACCCAUCGAGGACGACAUUGAUGUGGCCAAUGAGCGGCACCGUGUCCUGCGUGGUGACGCCGACAAUGACAUGCUGAAGAUUGAAAACCUCACCAAGGUGUACAAGUCCCGCAAGAUCGGGCGCAUCCUGGCUGUGGACAGGCUGUGCGUGGGCGUGCGGCCCGGAGAGUGCUUCGGGCUGCUGGGUGUCAAUGGUGCAGGCAAGACAACCACCUUCAAGAUGCUGACAGGGGACGAGAGCACCACGGGUGGAGAGGCCUUCGUUAAUGGGCACAGCAUCCUGAAGGAGCUCCUUCAGGUCCAGCAGAGCUUGGGCUACUGUCCCCAGUUUGACGCGCUUUUCGACGAGCUGACAGCUCAGGAGCACCUGGAGCUCUACACCCGCCUGCGCGGCAUUCCCUGGAAGGAUGAGGAGCGGGUGGUCAAGUGGGCAUUGAAGAAGCUGGAGCUGACCAAGUACGCCGACAAGCCCGCCAGCACCUACAGCGGAGGCAACAAGAGGAAGCUGUCCACAGCCAUUGCACUGAUCGGUUACCCGGCCUUCAUCUUCCUGGAUGAGCCCACCACGGGGAUGGACCCCAAGGCACGGCGCUUCCUCUGGAACCUCAUCCUGGACGUCAUCAAAACGGGCCGCUCUGUGGUGCUCACGUCCCACAGCAUGGAGGAGUGCGAGGCGCUCUGCACCCGCCUGGCCAUCAUGGUGAAUGGGCGGCUCAAGUGUCUUGGCAGCAUCCAGCACCUGAAGAACCGUUUUGGAGAUGGCUACAUGAUCACGGUGCGCACCAAGUCUAGCCUCAAUGUCAAGGAGGUGGUGAGGUUCUUCAACCGUAAUUUCCCUGAGGCCAUCCUCAAGGAGCGGCACCACACCAAGGCCCAGUACCAGCUGAAGUCGGACCAGAUCUCGCUGGCACAGGUCUUCAGCAAGAUGGAGCAGGUGGUGGAUGUGCUGGGCAUUGAAGACUACUCUGUCAGCCAGACCACACUGGACAACGUGUUUGUGAAUUUUGCCAAGAAGCAAAGCGACAACCUGGAGCAGCAGGAGACCAGCCCCAGCUGUGUCCUGCAGUCACCCUUGGAGCGUGUGCUGAGCCUGCUGCGCCCGCGGGCUGCCCCGACGGAGCUGCGGGCCCUUGUGGUGGAGGAGCAGGAGGACCUGGAGACCGAUGACGAAGGCCUCAUCAGCUUUGAGGAGGAGAGGGCUCAGCUCUCGUUCAACACGGACACUCUGUGCUGAGACCCCAGGAGCAGCCACCUCCCCUGGCUGUGAAGCCACCAAACCCUUUUGGCCUCUCCCCUCCCUUCGCCCCGUCGAGCGGAGCUGUCGUGGCUGGAGGCGCAUGCCAAGGAGGACGUGGCGUGUGUGGCAUUGGCCUGGAUGGACCCCAC